UUGUGUGUUGAAUGGCAGCCCUUUGAUUGUGUCGUUUCGUCUGGUGAAAACGUUUACAACUCCCUCUCAGAUUUACUAGACUCGUUUCCCCCUUGUCCACCGGGAUGCUGUGCUAUCUACUUGCACGUGUUGCGCACGAAUUCCCAUGCCCGACGUUUCUACGAACAUCGCGGCUUCUAUUCAUCUCAUGUGUUGCACGGAUGCUACUCCAUUGCCGGCAGACCAGCUGAUGGAUGUACUUACGUGAUGCACAUGAACGGUGGCUAUGCCAACCGACCGUUAAUGUAUCCUUUUCUCUCUUUCCACCUUGCAUUAAACAUGUCGCGGUUGAUUGUCAUGUGA